GUCCAGUCUCCUUGGAAACAGUAACUAAGCAAAGAAAUACAUUUAUUUCAGGAAGUUAGUUUUGAAGAGUUUUUGAAAAGCGAAGACGAGCCUCACUUAUGCAGUUAAAAUGGACACUGGAGACCAGGAAAGCUUGUGUGGUGUCUCAUCAGGCCAGUGUAGACUGCAGGAUGAUCACUUCAGCAGUGGUGAGGCCACUGAGGACAGUGAUGCAGAGCAGGAGACAUUUAAAGAUGAAGAGGCAGCUCUGCCUCCUGAUUUGGAGUGGAUAGAAGAAUUAUAUGAAGAGGACAGCAGUGAUAGUGACCUUGCACUUGUGGCCGAUAAUGGCAAAAAGAGAAGUUGUGCCGAGACAGCACGGAUGUUCAAGCUGAGACGAAACCUGGACCAGCUGGACUGCUUUCACCGACAGAAGGAGCAUGACGUGCAGAAAGCCAGAGAAAAGUUGAAACUCUGUCGUCAGAAUAUUGAAAGUUUUCUGGAACAAAGGAAUAACUUGGAGACAAAGAUAGAGCGACACAAAUUGGUAGAUAACAGUGUUGCAGUGUUUUCAUUGCGAUCCCAGCAUAAGCAACUGUGCCAAAAGCUGCAAUAUGAGGAAGAGCUAGAGGGCCACAUCAACACCGAACUGAGGCAACGGGAACUGGAGCUGAAUGAGGUGGAAGUGGAACUUGGCAAGGCUUCCUUGCUCCUGCAGGAGGUGCAGGAGGAAGAACAGCUUUUCUGGGCCCUUAAAGCCCAGAAGGCAGUGGCAAGGUUGCAGCGGGAGAGGAAAGUCAGCCAGAACCUGGAACAGAAGCAGAGGCAUCUCAAACAAAAACAAAUAGCCAUGCUGAAGAAGGUGGAGACUGAUUGUCAGAGGAAGACUGAAGAGAUUCAAGCAAGCCAGAAGAUAGCUGCCAAGUACUUGAAACAGACAAUUAAAAGGAUGCAUCAUCAAGCGGCUGAGAAGGAGCAAGAGAACAGGGAGUUAGUGGAAAAGAGGAUUCAUGCUGUCAAUUCACUAAAAUCUAGCAUAGCAGCCAACCAAGAGAGUCUACAAGCCCAACAAAGCAGAGCCAAAGCAAAGGCCCAGAAGAAAGAACUGCAACAAAAACAACUGAAAGAAUCCCUGCAGGCCCAAGGCAUCAACAGUCUCAAACAUGUGUACCAGCAAAAACAACUAGAGGAGACAAAACGAAAACAAAAGGAAUUUGAGGAGAGCCAGAAGUCAAAGAGGGUGGAGAUUGUGGCAAAACUUCUUCAGGAGGAACAGCUGAUAAAGAAUCGAACAAUAAAACAGACAUUACCUCUCAAGCCUUCAACCACUGAUAAGUUCCCAUUGUUGAAGAGAGAAAGAGAGAGUCUCCUGUACCACCUGGACCCCAUCACCCCUGCAGCUAACUUGCAGCAGGUCAUUGACAUUAGCAGCUCUUUGUCAGCUUCUUCUGAUCUUGAGAACCUGGAAAUGGAGGAAAUCAUCCAAGAAGAUGUGGCCCACCAGAGUCUGGCUGACAGCCUUGCUGAGCCUGAAUUUUCUGGGCUGUGGGACCAGGACUACAAGAAGUUCAUCUGUAACACUGAAAAGUCCACACCGGUGCAAAAAGAAGUACAGCAAGAUCAGCCUUCCAUGAGUGGGCGAAAGAUCAUCACAACUCCUAAAAAAGUUUGUGGUAAAGAGCUGAAAGGUCCUUCGUUCAUCAGUAAACCAGAGGUCAUCCUCUUCAAGGACUUUGAAGUGGGGAAAAUGUAUAAGAAGAAAGUCAUCUUGACAAACACCAGCUACACCAUUAACCACUGCAAGCUGCUCAGGGUCUCUCCUCAGUUAAAGGAUUUUAUCUCUGUCAACUUUGAGCCUCCUGGUCCUUUAUCUACUGGGAUGUCCUGUGAUAUACAGACCAUUUUCCAGCCUAUGAUCAACGAGGAUUUGGAGGGAGAGAUCCAGUUUGCAUCAGCAGUGGGUCUGUUUUCCGUGCCUGUCAGAUGCACCAUAAAAAAAUGCAACCUAGAGGUUGACAGUGAGUUCAUUGACUUCAGUUCACACGUUGUGGGCCAGACUAUUUCAAAGACUAUCACCUUGACCAACAAGGGAGCACUGGCCACCCUCUUCAGCCUGGACACCUCCACAUGUCUCAGUCCAGAAACUAGCCAUGUACAGAUGUCAUACCAGAUCUCUGCCAACACAUGCCGGGAUUUGUGCAGUGAAAAAACAUCUAACAGCCAGAAGAGUUGUGCAUCCAUGGAUGCUAGACAGGUCCAACCAAAGCAAGAAAGUCAGGGACUGUCUGAGGCAUCGCAGCAAGAGCAGUCUGAAACUUUCCCAGAAGCUUGUCUGUCCACAGAUGUGGACACCCGAAUGGAGCAGAUCUCCUCAGACUCCAGUGAUAUAAGAAUAGGAUGUGGGAAAGAAGGAGAAAUUGGACCGUUUGAAAGCAUCACACUGGAGGUCAUAUUCACCCCAACAAUUCCAGGGGAAUCUAAACUAGACUUCCACAUCAAAUUCUCUGACAUGAACACCAAACCAAUAUCCAUCCAAGUGAGAGGUAUGGCAGUCACCAUGCCCGUAUGGGUGGUUCAGCCCAUCAUUGACCUGAAGAUCUGCAUGUUUGACCUCAUUUAUCAAGACAGCAUCAUGGUCCAAAGCAGAGCCACUACAGCUUUGAAACUGACCUUUGAGGUGUGCCCAGAAAUGAGGAAACACAUGAAGAUUCUUCCCAAGACCGGCUUCAUCCAGGCUCAGUCAAGCUUCAGUGCUCAGCUGAAGUUCAUGCCAAGAACCUCCCUCCAUAAAGACGCUGAGAAAUUUUUUGACCGUGAUACAGGAGUUCUGGAAGUUCCAAUGACAGUGCAAGUAGCGGGCCAGGUGCAUCCUGCUCAUUUUACAGUCCAAGCAGUUGUGACCUCCUCAGACCUGCAGUUUGACCAGACUGAGGUGGACUUUGGCUUCUGUUCCAUCUAUAUGUCGGUCAGGAGCAGGGUUCGCCUCACCAAUCUGUCCUUCCUGCCUCAAGACUUUGGUUUCUUAGGUGUUCCAGAGUUUAUCAAGAUCCAACCGAAUGAUGGCUUCGGGACUCUGCUUCCACAAGAAACCCUGGAGAUUGAUUUGAUUUUCAGUGCCAACACAGCCAGAGAAUACCAUUUCCAACUCACCUGCAAGUCUGGAAUUAACAGAGACUUUCUGCUGUCAUGUCGAGGAGUGGGUGUCCAGCCGCCGCUGGAACUCUCCCAUUCUCUGGUUCGGUUUAGGGCCACCGCUGUAGGUGACCAAUCCACUGCCAUAGUUUACCUGGUCAACCAUCACACUGACCGUAACCAGCCCAAACAAGCGCUCACACCAGACACCAUGACAUUUGGGUCUCCCAGGUUGUUUUGUUUCACUCUACCAGAGAAUUCAGACAUCAGGAUCUCUCCCUCAGCAGGACGCCUUCUCCCUGGAGAGAGAUGCCCGGUCCAGGUGAUAUUCAGACCCAGAUUGUCAGAUUGUGAGAUCAAAGAAGAGGCACUACGUCGACUCCACCAAGGCCAGCUGCUCCGUGAACGUGAGCUGAAGAGAAAUAAAUGUACUAAACAGGAGACUAAAACAGAGACCCCACUGGAGCCCAGCAAAGGAAAAAAGGGAUCCAUGAAUCCAAAGAGCAACAAGGCAUCAGAAGAGCCAAAGACUGACAAACUAAUUGAAUCAGCUGAUGGGGUCGACAUACAGCUGGGGUCAGAGCAUUAUGAGGAAGCCAAGGCCUCUCUGCUGCGCUCCUUCAGCCAGCGCUGCAGCGAGCACACCAUCCCCUGCUUCGUGUCAGAUGGAGACCCUCCAGAGAAAGACAGAUUGGUCCAGCCGACAUGGAGUCCCAUAAAUACACUCUACUUGACGCUCCAGUGUCCUGCUGUACGGCCCCCUCUAGUGGUGAUAUCAAACAAUGGCCACAGCAUCAUAGACUUCCAUCAGGUGCUUGUGGGUCAGAGAGUGAUUAAAAGGUUUACCGUUCAGAACAUUUCAGAUGUAUCUUUGGACCUGAGGUCAUCAGUGUUGAACAUAAAUGGUCCUUUUUCCCUCCUUAAUGCUCUGAGAUGCAUAAGACCUGGAGAAAUGCACACUUUGGUACUGGCCUUUACUCCAACUGUGAAUAAAAAGUAUUUUGAGAUUCUGGAGCUGCAAAGCCAGAAAAUGAUUUUGGAAAUGACUCUGCGUGGGGAGGGUGUAGUCCCUGCCAUCACCUCGUCUCACACUGGAGGCCCCCUUGACUUCGGCUAUGUUUUAGAGAAGGAGACCGCUUCACAACUUGUGCAGUUACAGAACAACUCAGUGUUGGCAGUGGGGUUCAGGGCGCUGUUGGCCAGUCAAUCUCCAUCCAGGCCUCAUAGUGGAGUUGACAGCGUAGCCUUGCUACUGGAUGGAUACAGAGGCACUAAGAUCCGGCCCACUGUGGGCACCCAGAACCACAGUGGCCUGAGUGUGUUCAGUGUGGUGCCAGUAGAGGGCAGCAUCGCUCCUGGACAGAGUCAAGACAUCACCAUCACCUUUCAGCCUGACCACCCAUCUGUCAACUAUUCUGACAAACUCACCAUAGAGCUCAUGAAUAAGGAUAAAGUGUGUGUGAUGGAGCUGAAGGGUGCAGCCUCUUCACAUAGCAUGUAUCUGUGUGGAGGAGACCUGCUGACGGUGCCCAUUGAAUCUCUCCUUCCUCCACUUAUCACCAGUCAUCCUCAGCUCACAGAGUCAGGGGUGAUGGAGAGGCCAAGCAUCCCAGUUCUGGUGACCCUACAGGCCAGAUGCAGGGCAGGUGUGGUCGUGCCUGCUGUCAGGGAGCUGGAAGUGGGCUGUAUCCACUCCCCACACACCAGUAAGAAGAAUGGUGAAUUUUACUGGGAUAAUGUGGCAUCCCUGCAGCAGCAGGGCUUCAGUGUGAAGCCCAUUAAAGGCAGCAUGGAGGCAGGCCACAAACGCACCAUCACCAUCACAUGGACUCCUAACAGUGGAUACAAGCCCUUUGAGGUUGUGCAGAUCUGCCUGCCUCUUACCAUUAAAGGUGAUGAGACAAAUAUUUACAAAGUCACUCUGAUGGCUUUGGUCUCCACAACUGCUGACUGACCUCUGCAGUUCCUGGAUGUUGGCCAAUGAGAAGACUUCUCAGACAAGCAGCAACAAAAUACACACACUCUUGUGGAAUAAAUUUAUUUCAUUAUCAGAGCAGUAAAAAAGCUAUUUUAGUAGUGUGUAAAUAAUAUCCAUUGUAUUUGCUAUGGUAUCUCCUCAUUGUAUACAUAUAUGUUUAUCAUAAUAUUAAGUUAAGAUCCUUCAGAAUGUUUUUAAACCAACAUCUAUAAAAUAUGUGACACAACUGCAUCAUCUAAUUGUUGUUUUGUUGCAUCAUGCUUACAUAUACAUAUAGUCAAACAUAUUUGUCAGACUGCCAUUAACUGUCUUUGAGAUUAUAAAUAAUUAUUUCUAAUUGACUUUAAAAUGUGAGAUUCAUGCGGGGCUGCAGAGUGGUAUGGUGGUUUGCAAUGCCACCUCACAGCGGGCUGGUUCCUGGUUUAAAAGUCAGCAAGUCUUCGUUGAAAAACAGAAUUAUUAAGAACUAAGGAUCCACUAUUUGGAGCCAUUUUUAAUUCAGUGAAGUACAAGAUUGCAGAAGUCAUCUCCACCACCAGGGGGCGUGUGUUAUUCCAAGAAUGCAGCUGAGCUAUACAACCAGUAUGGUGAGGGGAGUGUCACCUGAUGUGUGCUUAGAGAUGUACAGCUUAUAGUCCACACCUACUGCAAAUGUGCUGCUGCUGCAACUCUGAAGUUAAAGGUGACUCAGAAUGGGCGGAUAUAAAGGUUGAUAAUGACGUUCUGUAAAAACCCAUUUGAAAACAGACGCUAUUUAACAGGAACAUACUAGCAUGUCAGUGCAUUAACAUUUGUGACUGUUAGAGCUGUAGGCAUAAUUUAUUAAAUAAUAUGUGUGGUAGUCGUAGUAGAAGUGAUUUUCUACUACAUGAGCAGGAUCAGUCCAAAAGUUAUCAGUGUCACUUUUUACAUGGUGUGUCCCAAAGCUUAUGUAUUAAAAUGUAUGUAAAAGGGAAAAUAAAAACAGUUUGUUUGGCAUUUUUAAUUUGUUUUGAUUAAAUAGGCAGUGAAAUAAGCAUCUAGACCA